AUGGUAGAAAACGCGUCCUUAUCACCAAACCCCGAAGAUGUAGCCGCCGCACAAGCGCGCCGUCGCAAAGAACGCCGCGAGGCAAAGAUCAAGGCCGGUGGCUCAACGAGACUGAACAAGAUUUCCGGUCUUGGCGGGGGAAUACAACGGGAUCCUCCAUCAACGCUCCCGAGUGCGACUCAAACCAGCUCUCAGGAGCAUGACGACCCAGACGAGGUUGACAUUUCUGACCACUUCUACCAACCUACUAUCACGCCACGGUCGACCAACACCCCAUCACCACCUGAUGCCACCGCUGCCGACGCACGUCUGCGGCAGUUGCUGCUUGCGCAGCAGCAACGAGGGCAACAACCAACGAACCCCUUUCCCUUUGGUGAUGGUCCAGGUGGCGGCGGCGAUUCUUUCGGGGUUGGAGGAAUGGCCGGCCCGGGCCUUGGUGGCAACGGCCGCGAAGGUGUUGAUGGUGAUCCGCUCACUGCUAUGCUGUCCCAGAUGAUGCAGUCUAUGGGCGGAGCCGCAAGCGGGCCAGGUGGACAAGGCGGACCGGGUUCUGGAUUCCCUGGUAUGCCUGGUAUGCCGGGCAUGGGACCCGGCUUUCCCGGAUUCCCUGCGUUUCCAGGAAUGGGGGCCCCAGGCCAGCAACAGCAGGCUCUGGCAAAGCCAAGCAAGUCGGCAGCACUGUGGCGUCUUGUCCACUUUGCCGUUGCCGUUGCCCUUGGUCUUUACGUCGCACUUGCUACACCAUUUACCGGUACGCGAAUUGAGCGUGAUGCUGCCUCUGCAGAACAUGCUGUAGGAUCUGUCGGAGUUGUUCACGGCCCUGCAGCCGACAAUUUUGCUCUCCACAAGCGCUACUUUUUCUACGCAUUCGCCUCCGCAGAGACAAUCCUUUUAACGAGUCGUCUUUUCUUAGAACGAGAUGCCAAUAGCGGCGGUGCGGGGAGUACCUUUGCCGGUGGCAUCGUUGCUAUGGCUAUGGGAUUUCUGCCGCCUGCCGUCAAGCGUAAUGUGGAGAUUGCUAUGCGGUAUUGGCAGAUAUUUGGUACCGUGCGAUCUGAUCUGUUGGUGUGCGUGUUUGUCUUGGGCGUCUGCUCAUGGCUACGGUCGUAA